AUGAAUGGCUAUACGGAUGGUAUCACUGAGCAGUUUCUGACGUGCUUGCAGGAAAGCAUUGGAAAUGCAAUGUUUGUGUCGCAUCAGUGGAUGGCUAGCAACCAUCCAGAUCCCAAUGACGAGCAGCUGAAGGUUUUGCAGGCUGCACUGGCCAACAUCCGGUCAGGAGCAAGCCAUAUCAAUAUCCCAGUGGUUACCGAGAUCCUCUUCGGCCGUUUGCCUGUGCCUAGUGCUGAGGACUUUGCUGGCCCAUCGGUGUACAUUUGGUAUGACUACUUCUCCUGCCCACAAG